GAGCACAGCACGUGAAGCCAAGAUGAGGGCGUUAAAAUAUUCAGAGAAAAAGCUGCUCAAGCACACAGACUUUAUAAAAUGGGACGUCGACAAUAAUUUGCAGGAAGUGAAAAUAAUGAGGAAAUACAUGAUUCAGAAAAGAGAAGAUUAUACACAGUACAACAAAAUGUCCCGUGAGAUCCGUGAAUUAGCCAACAAGAUCAAGGACUUGGACCCAAAAGACCCCUACAGAGUGGAGGCCAGUGGCAAAUUGAUGGAGAAAUUAUAUGCUAUGGGACUCAUCCCAACCAAGUGGAACCUACAGUUCUGCAAUCGCAUUACUGCCUCUGCCUUCUGCCGAAGACGUUUGCCAUGUGUCAUGGUGAGAAGCAGGAUGGUCCAGGACUUGCGUUCAGCCAUUACCUUCAUUGAACAGGGACACAUUCGGGUUGGGGCAGAAGUGGUGAAAGAUCCUGCCUUCCUUGUCACCAGGAACCUAGAGGAUUAUGUGACAUGGGUCAAGACAUCAGCCAUUAGAAGACACAUCAAGGAAUAUAAUGAAGAGAGAGACGAUUAUGAUCUUAACAACUGCUAGAUGUUUGUUUUUAUUUUACCUAAAAUAAGAUUGUAUUUUGAAUAGAGAAAUUAAUGUUA